UGUAAGAGUCAGACUGGGUUCUGAUUAAGGAGCCUCCCCUUCAUCUGUUUCCUUGAAUUAAUUCCUCAAAAAUAAUUUGAAUUUUUUUCUAAGCUGCUCGAGCUUUUCUAUGGCUUCUGGCAAAGAUAGUGACGAUUCAUCCGAAUCUCCAUCUUCGCAAAAGAGCAUAUACAAGGAUCCAGAUGAUGGGCGGCAGCGUUUCUUGCUUGAACUGGAGUUUGUUCAAUGCCUUGCUAACCCUACUUACAUCCAUUAUUUGGCUCAGAAUCGCUAUUUUGAAGAUGAGGCUUUCAUUGGAUACUUGAAGUACCUUCAGUAUUGGCAGCAGCCGGAGUACAUGAAGUUUAUAAUGUAUCCUCAUUGCCUAUAUUUUCUUGAACUUCUCCAAAAUGCAAACUUUCGUAAUGCAAUGGCACAUCCUGGCAGCAAGGAGUUGGCACAUAGACAGCAAUUUUACUUCUGGAAGAACUACAGAAACAAUCGAUUAAAGCACAUAUUACCAAGAUCACUUCCCGAACCUCCUGCUCCCACUCCUGUACCACCUCAGCAAUCCAUGCCACCUGUGGCUGCUUCAACUAUUGGAAUGGCUGCUGCUCCUGGUCCUGUUCUUUCUCCCAUGCAAUAUGCUAACCCCCAAGGAUCUUCUCUUCCAAAAACUGAUAUGAGGAAUACUGGGGCUGAUAGAAGAAAGAGAAAGAAGGAUGGUUAGGCUGACAUCAUUUUUUAAACUGUAAUCCAAGAUGCUAGAUAAGGUUUCGAGCUGUGUUAUUGUGUCUCACCUGUUUUAUCGGCCAUAUUGUAUGUUAAUAUAGUUCUUUUAUUAAUUGGUCUGGUGUGGUCUCUUAUUCUAUGUCAUUACAUAAAUUAUGUGUCUAAAACUCCUACACGAAAAGCCUUCCAUAUUCUAUUUAAUUCAACGAUUGUUAAUCAAAUCCAUAAAUCGAUUAGCACGAGAAAAAUAAGAUAAGAGAAAAUGCGAAGAUAAUGUAGAAUAAAAAACAUGUUAAGCAUGUUCCGUACUCCUCUUUUUCUAUCUAGGCAUGUAUAGUUAUGAUAUCAACGAGUGUAUUUAGUCCAACAAAGUUGUCUGUUACUUUUGUCAUAAUAAUUAAAAUUUCCCACCAAUAAUAAUAAUAAUAAUAAUAAUAAUAAUACCAAUUCAUUCAUGAAUAUAUUUGUUACUCGUUACCGAUGCAAAUUUGCCUUUUCUUUAACCAUUUCUCAAUGCAACCCUUUACUUUUUCUUUGACCAAUUAGUAGUAAUUCUAUUUUUCUUUUUUCUUGACAAAAGUAGCAAUUCCAUUUUGUUUGGCACAUUUAACAUUGUAUUUGUAUUUUACUUCUUGCGUUAGGUCAACUAUUUAAUUAAAAAGUUGAGAAACAGGAGAAUAAUAAUAAUAAUAAUAAUAAUAAUAAUAAUAAUAAUAAUAAUAAUAAUAAUAAUUAUGAAUAUCAUCAAUUAUAUUCAUAUAAAUAAACCAUUAAAAAAAGAGAAGAAAAAAAAAAAACUGAUGAUUGCAAUUUUCUCCAUAGAGCUAUAGCAGGCUUAAUUUAGUUUUAGUAUUAAAUUGUAUGAUGACAGCACUAUAUUAAUAGAUAAAGACCAGAUCAGGAUCUGAUAUUUCUCCAAAAUUAAAAAAAAUAAAAA